GAGAGAGAGAGAGAGAGAGAUAGAUAGAUAGAUAGAUCGAUCUGUACUUGGAGCUGAUUGAUCAACAGGAACACGCCCAGAGAUCUGUCCUGUGCGCAUGCGUGGAGCCAGGAGCCGCGUGUGGAAAGUUUGUGAUGAAAGUUUAGAGUUACAGUUCAGUAGGAGAAGAAGAGGAAGAGGAGAAAGAGGAAGAGGAGGUGAAGCUCUUUAUCUCCGCUGAUUCUCCAACCCGCCGCGGUUCCUCUGCAGGAUUCAGCGGCUCCUCUCUGCUCUCCAGGCCGCUUUCAGCUGCUCCUCCCCCGGCAUGAAGAUCCAGUUCGCCCCGCUGAACGUCCCGCUGCGGAGGCGGCUGCAGACCGCCGCGGUGCUGCAGUGGGUCUUCUCCUUCCUGGGACUGGCCCAGUUCUGCCUGGCCGCCUUCGUCCUGCUGGCCGUCUCUGAUUGGUGGAUCGCUGCUCUGCUCUAUGCUGGUUGGCUGUGGCUGGACUGGGACACGCCCACCAGCGGAGGCCGGCGAUCCCAUUGGCUCAGGAGGUGGAGCGUGUGGCGGUACUUCAGGGAUUACUUCCCCCUGGAGUUGGUGAAGACAGUCGAUCUGGACCCGACCCAGAACUACAUCUUUGGGUUCCAUCCCCACGGGGUUCUGGUGGCCGGGGCGUUCGGGAACUUUUGCACGGAGGCGACCGGGUUCUCCCGCCUGUUUCCGGGCCUGCGGUCCCACCUGCUGAUGCUGCCGUUCUGGUUCCGAGUUCCGUUCUUCAGGGAUUACAUCAUGUGUGGAGGUCUGGUGUCCAGCAGUAAGUCCAGCUUGUCCCACCUGCUCAGCCGUCCUGAAGGAGGAAACGUGGCCGUCAUCGCCGUGGGCGGAGCUCCAGAAGCUCUGGACGCUCGACCUGGAGCACUGACUCUGCAGGUGAAGAACAGGAAGGGCUUCAUCAAGAUGGCCCUGAAACACGGAGCUCAGCUGGUUCCUGUCUUUUCAUUUGGAGAAAACGAAUUAUUUGACCAGAUGGAAAACCCGACUGGAUCUUCACUGAGGAGGCUGCAGAACCGGCUGCAAAGCAUCAUGGGAAUAGCGAUGCCUCUGUUCCACGCCAGAGGAGUUUUCCAGUACAGCUUCGGCCUGGUUCCCUACAGGAAGCCCGUUCACACCGUGGUCGGGAAGCCCAUCCCAGUGACCCGGUCGGCGUGUCCCACCUCAGAGGACAUCGAUGGUCUCCACAGCGUUUACCUGCAGAACCUGGUGGAUCUGUUUGAGCAGAACAAGAACCUUUAUGGCCUGGAGGAACAUCAGCACCUCGCCUUCAUAUGACCCGGUUCUGGUACCAGAAACACCUGAGCCAUUGUGAUCAGCUGACUGUGUUCCUGCAGCCUGAUUGGCUGGAUUUCAUCUGAAGCUCUUACUGGACUGUUGAAGGUUUCCAGAACCGAACCGGGUCUGACCCACUUGUCCUUCUCUGCUCAGCUGUAAUGAGUCUAAGUGGGCAGCAGGGGGCAGCAGCCCCAGUCUUCAGAACCAAACCGGGUCUGUCCUGCUCAGAAAAGUAUCAGCAGGACCUCAGUCCGUCCCAUUUCUUCUGAUGAUUCCGUCACAGGAUAAUAAAUCACAUAAAUCAGAACCAGGA